GCAACACGUAUCUUAUUGAUUUUAUUUUUUGGUUUUUCCAAUACUUUGUGAGUAAUAAAAUGUAAUAAUUUUGGCUUUAUUUUUUUGUGUUGCGUUGAAUCACAAAAAAAACAGCCUUUCUAAAAUUUACUUUCACAUGUUGUUAUUAUUAUAAGAAUUAUUAUUUUUAUUAUUAGGAGUAUUAUUAUUGUUAUAUGGAAUUUAAAUAAAUGUGUUACUAUUGCAGUACUUGCUUGAUGAUGAAACUAAGAACAAAGCAAAAGGUAUGAGUUUUAGUAGUAGAAUGUGUUUUAUUUGUAUUUUUUAUAUUUCUUUUGUGUUGUUGCAUAAUAUAUAAGUUUAUUCAGAGUAAUCAUUGCCAGUGGCAUAUGUGGUCGUGCUCAUUGCACUGACACUUUCAGUUCUGACGUGCGGCUCUCUGUAAAUGCUGCUGCAGGAUAUUUGCUUUGGCGUCCGGCUAUAAUGCACAUGCAAAUCAUAUGUUUUAUUCGCCUUUUUUAUGGCACUCGACACACACGGCACUGAACGCUUUUAGCACGAGUCAAGUUUACUCUGCAGUAUAUGGUUAUAUCAGAAUCAGAAUCAGCUUUAUUACCAAGUUCGUACAUACAAACAAUACACACUUCGUCAUGUCUUGUCAAAUAAUUAAUAAUUGCCUUUUCUUGGUUCUUAGCAACUAAUUGAGCUAAAAGAGCAGGUUUUGAAGUCUUUCAUUUGUUUAAAAAUUGUAGCAUAUUUAAAAAGGAGUUUUGCAGGUUGUUUGCGCGUGUUGUGCAUGAAUAAGAAGAGAUGGGCCAGGUUUGAAGGAUGCACAAGCCUGUGUGGGCUCGGAGCUUUUGACAUCUGUUUUCUUUCCCAACCAUGAGGAUUUGGAUAUGCUCACCAUUUAAAUGUGUGUUGCAUCUUUGGGAUGCAACAGAUUCCAGCUGCAAGCACGGAUGUUUGUUAGCAGCUAGACUUGGGUUACUCUGCUUCAGUUGAAAUGGAGAGUCUCACCCACAUAAGUUUGGAUUCAUGCAGUAAACAACUUAGCAGAUUACUCUUUUGCUUUACAUGCUGUGAUUUAAUAAGGAAAACACCAACGUAAGCCAGUCCGAGCGCUGCCGCUGGUACCAGUGCCAUGCUUUUCCAUUGGUUCCUGUUUACAUGAUGCCCACAGGACACGCGGUGAUUGGUGGCCUUCUCGCACGUGACCAGACAACUUUGUACAUUUGACAGGGGGGAGUAGGAGGGUUUUGUGGAGAUCAGAAAAACGACAGCGCGAUAAAAAUUAGUAUUGUUGCACUUCACAAAUUAAUGACCAUGAGUUCCUACUUGAUAAACUCCAACUACAUCGAGCCUUCCUUCCCACCAUGCGACGAGUACCAGCAGAACGGAUAUAUCCCCAGCCACGGCGACUACUACGAGCGGCCAAAGGAUACGGGCUUCCCCCAUCACGACGAGCAAUCCUAUCCGAGGUCAGGCUACGCGGAGACGGGCUAUGAGUACGGCAGCGUCCCUUCAGCCGCCACCGCCGCUGCAGGACUCGACGAUUUCGGCGAUGGGCACCACGCACAGCCGCAGCCGGUCCCACAGAGCCACGGCGCUCACCUCUCCGCUGCGCCAGACGGUGGCGCAGGGGCAAACAGGAGCAAAGACUGCAGCCUCGCCGGUGAGGUUUACCCUGGCGUGGCGAAGGGCAAGGAGCCGGUGGUCUACCCGUGGAUGAAGAAGGUCCACGUUAGCAACGUCAAUGCCAGUUACAAUGGAGGGGUGCCCAAGAGGUCCCGCACUGCCUACACCCGCCAGCAGGCUCUAGAGCUGGAGAAGGAGUUCCACUUCAACCGCUACCUGACCAGGCGCAGGCGGGUAGAGAUUGCGCACACCAUGUGCCUGUCCGAGCGCCAGGUCAAGAUCUGGUUCCAGAACCGUAGGAUGAAGUGGAAGAAGGAGCACAAGCUUCCCAACACAAAGAUCCGCUCAUCAUCCGGGUCGGCCUCUUCCUCAGCCUCCGGGCCCCAGCAGCAGCAGCACCAACAGCAGAUUAAAACAGGCCAGCAGCUUGUCCCAACGCCGUGCACAGUUGGUCUAUAGUGCCCAGAAUAAUAACCCCCCUAUAAUCCAGACUGAGAUGGCGAACAACAGUGGAAUUCGAUGGACCGAUUUUCAGUAUUUUACACUCAUGGUGUUAUAUCUCUGUAAGCUUGCACAAUGGGCCUGUGCCACGUCCUUUGUACACCCUUUCGUCCUCAGCCCUCUUCAUAUAAGCUUGAAAAAAAAUCACCUUUAGUUGCCACGGUGGCAACUAAAGUGUUUGGUUUUUGAUGGAAAGGAAGGAAAAAAAAAAAAAAAACCCAACGCACAUUCAGACGUAUAGGACCUGGAUCACAAAGUUUGUAUCAAUGCAGAUAAACUGAGUGAGGUGAGAGUAAGUUUGGGGUCAUUUUCUUCUAUAUAUUCUCUACGAUUAUUGUUGUUUUUUAUGACCAUUGCUCAUGGAAAGUUCUAAUAUACUUGAAAGAUAUAUAGGAGAC